GUGUGUGUGUGUUCACCUGUCUUGAGUGGGCGUGGUUUCUCUCGGGCGGCUCUGGGGCCAUUUUCUGCUCUCAGUGUUUGUGAAUCAGUGACGGGACUCGAAACACUCGCUCCAACUCUGAAAUCAUGAAAUCACGCUGAUUUAAAAUCAACGGAUUCACUCUGACGACAACCAUGAAGAAAGGACCGCUGCACUUCCUGAGCCGGAAGAACCCCUCUCUGUACGACACAAAUGUGGAUAUUAACAAGGAGAUGGGUAACCUAGAACUGAUGUUGGACUCGGCUGCCAUCCCAGAAUCUGGAACCGCCAAAGUUCGCUCGAGACCGACUGUCAAACACUUCACGGCCACUGAUGGUGUGCAAGGAUUUGCGGUUCCGACGCCAAAAGUACCAGUGCUGCCGCCCUUCAGCGAACCCAAGAUUAAUGGCACAGGAUAUGCCACAAACUCACCCAAGUAUGGAAGUAUGAUGUCCAUCCCAGACGUAAUUGAGGGGGAAAUACUUAUACCUCCUCCACCCAGCUCUGCUCCUCCACCGCCUCCAUCCUCUUCAGCUCCGUCUCCACCUUCAUUCAUCCCUCCCACACCACAUAUCUUUGGUGAAAUCGACCCUCCUGUAGACCGUGCAAGCCUGCAGCCGCCUCCGAUGGCUCCCCCAAAACCUCCAUCACAUACUGGUUUAGGGUAUGCUUCAGGUUUGGACCUGGCUUCCAUCAAGCCUCCUUCAAUGGCUCCUCCGAAACCUCCAUCUGAAACCUCCAGCUUCAAGGGUUCUCUUUCUAGCUUGGAGGCUCAGAAUAUUCCAGACUGCCCUAAAUUCAACCCACCGCCACCUCCUUUGGUCAAAACACCACCUGUUCUUUCCAGAGCUCAGAAAAUGGCACCUCCAAAACCUGUCCGAAUGUCUUCCAUACCUAGCCUGGACAUCCAAUCUCCAGCACCACCUGUUGCUUCUAAUCCGACACCAUCCAGCUUCAACCCCCAGAACACAGCCAAACUGUACAAUGUGCAGAAAAGCACAACAGUCGUUGGAGAAUCAGACAGGGAAAAGGGAGCACAGUCUAUUCUACUGCUGCAAGAUUCUGCAGGAAACACUGUUGGGGUUGUCAAUGGGAACAGUGGGAAAAAUGCUGGAUCUCUCCAAUCAUUCCAGCCUGGGGUGCCUCCAUCCAAACCAGCUCGUCAGAACAGUUCUGCUACUCAGCUUAAGGAGGACCAGCUGGACGCGGCACAAGCUCAGCCAGCAAGUCAGCCAGUCAAAGUUGAAGCCGAAAUCCAUCCUGUGCCCCCACAAAACAUCCCCACUGAAGUUCCAACGGCCAUUAAAGCUUCACCUAAAAUAGAGACGAUCGCCACCGAAGUUCCAACGCCCAUUAAAGCCUCACCCAAAAUAGAGAAGAUCACCACCGAAGUUCAAACACCCAUUAAAGCCUCACCCAAACUUGAGAAGAAGAUCCCUGAAGUUAAGCAGGUGAUGGCAACAAUGGAUUCUCCUGGCAGGUCUCGCAGGUACAGCCCAGUCCUGAACCACCGAAAGCUACGCAGCGGAGAUGGCUCAGCCAAGAAAGAGUCAUCAACUUCACCGUUUGCCUUACUAAUGGCUGCAAAGGAAAGAGAAAAGCAGAAAACUGCUCUAUCCCAGCAAAACAGCAACUCUGAAGACACGGUGAUGCAACCUAGUGUAGAAAAAACAAACUCCUACCCUGUUAGUCCGAAAGACCCAACACUAGAUAGUCCUAGUGCACAAUUAAAAUCAAGCACAAACAUGCAGACCCAGUCAACCAAAACAGAGGUCCCAAAAGUGUCUUACUCAAAGCCAGAGCUCAGUUUUAGCCCCCAACAAAACAGUUCUGUUGCCCAUGCUAGAGAUUUACAAAGUGGAGAAGACUUGACCUUUAUUCCACCACCUCCUGAAUUUGCCAACUCCGACACAGAGGACGAAUCUCCAGUUCGCUCAUCUCACAGUGCUUCUGCUCCCCCAGUGAAAAUUGCUCCUCCACCUACUAAAAGUUUCUUAUCUUCUACACCCACUUCAAUCCCUAACCUCUCUCCACCAAAUCACCCCGCUCCUGUCGCUCCAUCCACAAAAACCUCAGUACUUGCUCCAAUCACCAACUCCCCCAAUGCUCCUGCAAAAACUGCUCCUCCACCUUCUAAAACCGUUUUACCUUCUACACCUGCUCCAAUCACUAACCUCUCCCGACCAACCCAUCCUGCUCCUUUACCUCCAUCCACAAAAACCUCUGUACCUGCUCCAAUCACCAACUCCCCCAAUGCUUCUGCUACUCCUCUAAAAAAUCCCUAGACCUGCUCAACUUGUCUUACCUACUCCAAUCACCAAUGUUCCUCCACCCAGUUACCCCGCUCCUGCUCCUCCACCUUCCAAACCUUCCCAGCCAUUUACAUCUACACCCAUAUCCAACGGACCCCUAACAUCUCCCAAACCUAAACCACCCAGUGCUCCUCCUAAGGCUCCAGGACCUCCUCCAAUUCUCCAGCCCCAAUCUAAAUCAUUUGUUCCAACUAAAUCAACGCAAAAUCCCUCUCAGGCACCUCCAUCUGUUGCUGCAAGCCAGGCAACACUUCUUAGUAUCCUCCAAAAGAAGAUGCUAGAGAUGGACCCCAAGAUCUCAGCCGCCAAGGAGUUGGAAACCAAUGGAGAUGACUGGAACUCUCCUAUGUCUGACGACGAGGCCACGUCGCCCCCUGCUGGAUACAAUCCUAAAAAACCAAACAGUGCCAUCCUGCCAGCACAGUCCCGUGGACUGGACAUGAAAGAACUGGAGAGUAGGGCAGCCAAGGCUCAGGAAAAGAAAUCCCAGAGCAGUACUGGAGCAUCAGCCAAACAGCAGUAUGGGAUGACGUUCACCGUGAGACCGGGAAGCAAACAGCCAAUAACACCCGUGAUCAAAGACAAUUGAAUGUGAUCCAGAACUCUCUGAAGUGUGCCUUACCUGUACAUACGCACUUACCUGACAGAUAUUUAAUGUUUUGCACUCUUACUGCUGUUGCUGAAGUAUUACUCUAACUUUGACCCAGCUCCGUCACGGACUUCACAGAGCUGCUAUAAUCACUGUGCCUGUAAAUGCUACAUGGACAAUAUUUGGUAUAUAAUAUUAGGUUAUUUAACGUCAAAUCUUUUAAUAUUAAGGGGUCAAAUGAUGCGAUUUUAUAUUUUCCUGUUUUUGCAUAUAACCCAGAUAUAUAUUUUUAAUAUAGUUAAGACUCAUCCAAUCACAACACACUGGGUAGUGAGCCAAUCAGAUUACUCUAGAAGCUGAUAUUCCAAAUAUGGUAAAGGGGCGUAACCUUCCAUCACACAUUUUUACUCAGCCAAUCACAACCCACUGGAUAGUUAAUUGAUAAGAUUGCUUUGGAAGGUAAUAUUUCAAAUAUGGUAAAGGGGCAUAACCUUUCCGUCACAAGCUUCAACUAUUCAACCAAUCACAAUACACUGUAUAGUAAGCCAGUCAGAUUGCUUUACAAGUUAACAUUCCAAAUAUGGUAAAGGAGGCGUAACCUUUUGGUCAUGCAUUUGUGAUAUUCAGUCAGUCAACAUACUGGGUAGUCAGCCAAUCAGAUUGCUUUAAAAGCUGAUAUUCCAAAUAUGGUAAAGGGGUGUAUCCUUUUUGUUACAUGCUUGAGCUAUCUGGCCAAUCACAACACACUGCAUAGCUGACUAAUCAGAUUACUCUGGAAGCUGAUACUUCGAAUAUGGUAAAGGGGCGUAACCGUUCUGUCAUACGUUUGCACUAUUCAACCAAUCAAUGGCCAAUAAGAUUGCUUAGGAAACUGAUUUUCCAAACAUGGUAAAGGGGCGUAACCUUUCCAUCACAAGCUUCAGCUAUUCGGCCAAUCACACUGAGGAGUCAGCCAAUCAGAUUGCUUUAAAAGCUGAUUUCUAAAUAUGGUAAAGGGGCAUAACCAUCCAUCACACACUUGAUGUAUUUGGCCAAUCACAACACUGCAUACUUGACCAAUAACAUUUCUUUGGAAACUGAUAUUGUAAAUAUGGUAAAGGGGCGUAACCUUUGGCACAUGCUUGAUCUAUUCAGCCAAUCACAACACUGCAUAGUUGGGCAAUCUGAUUGCUUUGGAAGCUGAUAUUCCAAAUAUGGUAAAGGGGCGUAACCUUUGGCACAUGCUUGAUCUAUUCGGCCAAUCACAACACUGAAUAGUUGGGUUGUCUGAUUGCUUUGGAAGCUGAUAUUCCAAAUAUGGUAAAGGGGCGUAACCUUUGGCACAUGCUUGAUCUAUUCAGCCAAUCACAACACUGAAUAGUUGAGUAAUCUGAUUGCUUAGGAAGCUGAUAUUCCAAAUAUGGUAAAGGGGCGUAACCUUUGGCACAUGCUUGAUCUAUUUGGCCAAUAACAACACUGAAUAGUUGGGUUGUCUAAUUGCUUUUGAAGCUGAUAUUCCAAAUAUGGUAAAGGGGCGUAACUUUCCAUCACAAGCUUCAGCUAUUCGGCCAAAUCCCAACACACUGGACAGCUGGCCAAUCAGAGCAUGCCAUGUAUUUCAGACGGAUGAGCUUUGUAAACACUGGCGAGCACAAACACAUUGUGUUACACUUGAUGUCAUUUCUCAUAGCAUCAUAUGACCCCUUUAAUGAUAACAAUUAUUUAGCUUAAACGUUGACGUCUACAUGACAUUUGAUUGACUUUAUCUUUAAUCGCUGAUAUACUCUCAGCUCUUGAUACGAGAGAUUCUUCAAGGUCACAAACAUGAUACACACCCCUAAAAUAAGCCUUAAAUUGUUUUAAACGCCGUUAAAUAUGACGUCUUCGCUGCUUCUCAUGGGUAUUCGUGUAAAUCUGAAGCGAGAAUGAGACGGGGAAAGAGUUUUGUGUCUAUAUAUGAUCCCACUGUGCCUCUGACUAUAUAAGCUAACAGCACACAUCUGUAAAUAACGCUGUGAUACCCCUAUAGGUCAAUCACCGGGCUUUACUCAUCAUCUGUACGCCUCUUCUCUGCACACUCACAGCAUGUGUGUGUGUGUGUAUAUAUGACAUAACUGCACAACUGUGUAAUAAAGACAUGCGAGAGCACUAAAUAAACAGAUGACAGAAGCUUUAUUGAACAUCAA